AUGCAUCGCUGGACAUCAGUGGACGAUGUUCGAUUUAGACGAAAACCACCGCCACCACUACCACCACAAUCACCACCACCGUUAUCGUACAGAUCUAUUAAUAGUAAUAAUAAUAAUCAAAAUUCUGCUGCCCUUUAUAUUAACGUAGCUACACCAUUUUAUUUGAACAAAGAUAAUGAUCAUCUUGGUAAUUCUAUUAGUAGUCAGAGUACUGAUAAAAGAACAACAUCAUUUAAUAAUGGCGAUCGUUAUCAAUAUUCUACAUCUACUCAUGCGCAGAAUGACAAGCCGUUGUCAUCAUCACGUGACUAUUAUGUUACAACAUUACCGACUAAAACGAAUACGACUGCUGUUCAAUUACCGUCAUAUUCGACUACGUAUACAUUUUCAUUGAAUCAACCAUUACGUUCAUCACAAUCACUAACAUCGCUGACAUCAAUAGAAUCGCCGUCUACAUCGUUGUCGUUUAAUGAUAAAAAUCUUGCCGAUAUUAUUGAAGAACCUUCAUCAUCGUCAAAAGAUAAUAUUACAGAUAAUGAUGUUAGCGAUAAGACAAAAGUUCGUUCCUAUAAAACAGCUUUAAAUUUACCUCAACCACGUGUAGCCGAUAUUGUUAAUCUAUUUGAAAAAGGAUCGGUCUCAAAUAUGUCAUCAUCUAUUAUUAAAUUUCAAAAGCCAACUAAUACAAGAAUUGCAUCACCAAGAUGUUCAACAUCAUCGACUUCAUCUAUGGAAAAUGGUGGAAGUUGUCUUUCUCCACCUUCAUCUUCACCAACGAAUGGUAGUGUAAGAACUAAUCAUUUGACACAUAAAAAUAGUGUCUUUUCAAAAUUAUGGGAACGUCGUAAUGAUGUUUCGCAAAAGAAACAAUCAAUACCAACAUCUUCUGUACCUUCAACCUCAUUUAAUUUUCCAAAUAAUGGUCCGAUCGUUGUUGUCGAAAAAGCAAAUAGUCAGAUACAAAAAUCAUCACCAAUUAUUGUCUAUGAACGUAUUUCAUCUGAAAAUAAUCAAACUACAUUUCGUACAAAUCACGAUAGGAAUGAGAACAAUCUAAAACGACCAUUAAAACAAACCACAAAUAAUAAUAUUUAUCGCACAGAAUUAAUACCAAAACUUUUUACACCGGUGACUUUAAAUAUAAUUCCGACACCGUCGACGAACACAUUUACAAAAACGUUAGAUCAAUCAAAUGUGUUAGUAAAUGAUGAUGAUUCAGCAAUACAAUUAUCACCCAUUAUUAUUACUCAUGCAACAUCUGAAGAUAGUUUACUUGCUGGAAGUGAAAAUACUUUAUCAAUUUUAUCUCGUUCAAGUACAACAGCUACAACAACUGAUUCAUCCAAUAGUGAUAAUCAAGAUACAUCAUCAUCAAUCGGUUCUUGUGAAUCGAAAAAUAUAUUUAAAUCAAAUAUUCCUACAAAAAAUCCGUCGUUUGCACGUCCAACUAUAUCGUCAAUGCAAAAAACGCGUAAUACAACAGAUCAACAUUCAUCAUUUACAAAACCAGAUGAGAACAAUAGUAUUCCAGUGACAUUUCAGCGACGAAAGAGUUUAGAAAAUCUAUCGACCUUAGAUAUACCAUCUUCGGCAACAUCUCCUACUACGAUAAAAUCAUCGACAACAUUUCAACGACAAACACUCGGACGAGGAUCAUUACGUGUAUCCUCAACAUCAUCAAAACCACAUGAAUCUAUUAUACCGAAAAGUACACCAGUUGUUAUAUCGUCAAAGAAAGAGCCAGUAUACUCAGAAUUUAAGAAAUUCUCGGACACUAAAGCAAUAUCAUGUGAAAAUCUAUCGAAAGAGACGAAAAUAUCAUUCAAUGGACUACGAAACGAGCAACAACCUCAUCGAACAAAACUAUGGACUGUUGAUGAAGAUAAUCUUGAUGAAAAUAUUUCUAGCUUCAAACCGUUACCAGUUGUUGAGACGCCAGUUGUGAAUAAUAAUAGUGUUAAUGAUGAUAAACGUUUAUCACCGUCACCAACAAUAGCUAUAAAUUCAAGUUAUAUAGAAGAAAAAAAUACUAUAUCAUCAGCAACAAAUAAUGGUACUAUGUUAAAAAGAGGAAGAUUUAUGUCUGAAGCGAAUUUAUUGGAUCAAUACCGUCGUUUUUCAUCUGAAGAUGCAAUUCGUUCCGAUUCAACACUAUUCAAUCCAAAUAAACCCUUAAAAUAUAAACAAGAUUCACUAAUAAAAUUAUAUGGGGCUGAUGCUCAACGAAUAAUGCAUCCAUCCGAAGUUGUUCUGGAAGAUGAUGUUGAUCCACCAUUUUUACCACGAAAUGUUGUUAUUAAAAAAACAAAAUGGAUAACAGAUGAAUAUGAACUAUUAGAAUUUCUUGGAAGAGGUAAAUUUGGUGAAGUUAAAAGAUGUCGUGAAAAAUCUACGGAGAGACAGUUGGCUGCAAAAUUUAUACAAAUAUCAAAAGAACAAGAUCGUAUUGAAGCUAUUAAUGAAAUUGAUGUUAUGAAAGCAUUACAACAUCCAAGAUUAUUACAAUUAUAUGAUGCAUACGAAAAGAAGGGAGAAAUUUGUCUUAUUAUGGAAUUAAUUACUGGUGGAGAAUUAUUUGAACGUGUUAUUGAUGAUGAUUUUAUUUUAACAGAAAGAUUAUGUGAAUUAUAUAUGAUGCAAAUAUGUGAAGGUGUACAAUUUAUGCAUUCAUCAAAUAUAAUUCAUCUUGAUAUGAAACCAGAAAAUAUAUUAUGUUUAAAUCGUGAUGGUCAUCGAAUUAAAAUAAUUGAUUUUGGUUUAGCACGUAAAUAUGAUCCAACAAAACAAUUAAAAGUUUUAUUUGGUACACCAGAAUUUGUUGCACCAGAAGUCAUUAAUUUUGAUCGUGUUGGAUAUGGUACAGAUAUGUGGUCUGUUGGUGUCAUUUGUUAUGUAUUAUUAUCCGGUUUAAGCCCAUUUAUGGGUGAUAAUGAUAAUGAUACGUAUGCAAAUAUUAAUCGGGCAAAUUAUGACUUUGAUGAUGAAGCAUUUACAGAUAUUUCAGCAGAUGCAAAAGAUUUUAUUUCAAAACUGUUAAUUAAAGAUAAAGAAAAACGAUUAGCAGCUAAACAAUGUCUUCAACAUCCAUGGUUAACAAGGCAUCCAAAAACUGUUUCACCAAAGAAUAUUGAUGAUGAAACAGAAAAAAAAUUAUCAACAAAAAAAUUAAGACGCUUUGUUAUCAGACGACGUUGGCAGAAAGCUGUCAAUGCUCUAUUAGCAUUACAACGUAUGGGUAUGACAUUAUGA